CGGCGAUCUCACUGCUGCCAAUGAAGAUGCCGCACUGCUGCCGGAAACUCACCUCCGGGACGCAGCGCCGCCGGGACCGCCUGGAGGACGUCGCUCGCAACGGGACCACUCGGGACACCGCAUGGUCGGUGACGUGGGAAAUGUCUUUCCCGAAAGCAUAUUAUUCAGAAUUGGAUUCAUAGGGACGUCCAUUGGCACUUUGGUACUAACCUUUCUUAUUUAUAAGUAUAUGGUUAUGCAUACUGAAGAGUUCAGGGGUCAUCAGGUCCUGAUCCAGAGGAUCCUGCUGGCCAUUGUGUGGGCCUCCUGUUUUUCCACAGCUGUUAUGCAUGUAUUGUCCCCCGAAGAAUAUCCCAGGAUACACUUUGUCAGCACGAUAAUUUCCAUUACAUGUGAAGCCUUAUACUACCUUGGGCAGUCCAUCCAGAUGUAUAAAUUACCAGGAGCAAAAAAAGUCAUCCACCAUAGUAGAUGCACCUGCUGUGGCCUGACUUUUGUCUGUGUAGUUUUCUAUUUUGGAUAUGAAACAUUAAAGGAAUUAUUCCAUAAUGAUGAAGACUGGGACGAGAUCCGUGAAAUCCCCAUCAUAAUCAUCGAGUGGGUGAUGCUUCUACUGAUCCUGAUAAACAUCGUGACCUAUUAUUCCACCAUGCAGAGGUUAUUGUUGACCGUCUCCAGAAACAGCUGCACACUCUCUCUUAGAGUAAAAAUUGAUGACUUCGGGGUGUAGACCACCACGGGGGCCAUCAAGUGGACUUCUGGGAGAGAUACUGCACAGGACACGGAAAACAUCUAAAGAAGAAUAACUGGGGGACUACAUAUGGUGCCAGUAAUCAUGACACAAUAAUAUG